AUUUUCCUGUAGUCGAGUCCAGGGCAUCUGCUGCAGUCAUGUUCAGGAACAGCUUGAAGAUGCUGCUGACGGGGGGAAGGCCAACCGCAAGAGUCGCAGCAGUGAUGGCGGGAGCGAGGACCUGGCAGACCCCCGCUCGCCCAGUCUAGACCCUCACCUGAGCCACAUCGGCCAAGGUGGCAGCAUAGACAGCGACUGUGUCUUUGAAGGAGACUACGCUGUGCCCCCGCUCUCCAUGACCGAGGGCAUGCAGCACAUUCGCAUCAUGGAGGGCGUGUCGCGCUCUCUGCCCUCCUCCCCGCUGCUCACCCACCAGACCAUCAGCGUCCGGCUGCAGCCAGUGAAGAAGCUCACAGCCCCUCUGCGGAAAGCAAAGUUUGUGGAGAGCCCUCGCAUUCCACAAUCAGAGCUUGGCUCCCCUACACACACCUCCACCACUGCCAAGAAUCCAGACCUGGACUCAUUCUGCCCUGGGGAGUCGAGCCAGGAGCUGGGCCCCCCUCCGUCGGUGGAUGAGGCAGCCAACACAUUGAUGACGCGCUUGGGUUUCCUUCUGGGAGACAAAGUGAGUGAGGGGCCAGCCGGUACCCAGUACAGCAUGGAGGAACCCGAGGCGAGACAGGGCCAGAACCAGAGGAUCAGCCCCUGCUCCACCCUGACCAGCAGCACUGCCUCCCCGCCUGCAGGCAGCCCCUGCUCCACCCUCCCCACCACCAUGCCCGGCCAGGCGGGCAACAAGGACUGCGCCUACGGUUCUGUCACCAGUCCCACCUCGACACUGGAGAGCAGGGACAGCGGGAUUAUUGCCACUCUGACCAGCUAUUCUGAGAACAUGGAGCGAGGCGGCAAAUACGGCGAGGGCUCGCGGGGAAACCUGAAGCUGUGGCAGUCGCAGAAAUCAGGCAUGGACUCGUUCCUGUACAGGGUGGACGAAAACAUGACCGCCUCCACCUACAGCCUCAACAAAAUCCCCGAGCGCAACCUGGAGAGCAUGUCCUCCCACUCCGCCCACUCCAUCCCUCUGUACCUCAUGCCCCGCCCCAACUCUGUGGCCGCCACCAGCUCGGCCCACCUGGAGGACCUGGCGUACCUGGAUGAGCAGAGGCACACUCCGUUACGCACCUCGUUGCGCAUGCCCAGACAGAGCACCACCUGUGGGCCGGGUCGCUCCGGGCAGGACCUGAGAGUGCGUUUUGCACCCUAUCGGCCUCAAGACAUCGCCCUCAAGCCUCUGCUGUUCGAGGUGCCCAGCAUCACCAUGGACUCCGUCUUCACCGGUCGCGAGUGGCUCUUCCAGGAGAUCGACGCCCACCUCAACAGCCCCAACUCCGGCACCAACCAGGGCGUCGUGGUCGUCGGCAACAUCGGCUUCGGCAAGACGGCCAUCAUCUCCCGCCUGGUGGCGCUGAGCUGCCACGGCACCCGGAUGAGACAGAUCGCCUCGGACAGCCCUCAAGCCUCGCCGAAACAUGGAGAGGGGCUUCCUCUCACCCAACCCCAGCCCACGCACGGCACCCUGGGAGGAGGCAGCUGUCCCGGGACCCCUGAGAUGAGGCGACGUCAGGAGGAGGCCAUGAGGAGGCUGGCGUCUCAGGUGGUGGCGUACCAUUACUGCCAGGCCGAUAACGCCUACACCUGCCUGGUGCCGGAGUUUGUGCACAACGUGGCGGCGCUGUUGUGCCGCUCGCCGCACCUGGUGGCCUACAGGGAGCAGCUGCUGAGGGAGCCACACCUGCAGAGCAUCCUGAGCCUCAGAUCCUGCGUUCAGGACCCCCUGGCUUCCUUCAGGAGGGGCGUCCUCGAGCCCCUGGAUGCACUUUACAAAGAGGAGAUCAACUCUGAGGAGGACCUCAUCGUCCUCAUCGACGGCCUCAACGAAGCCGAGUUCCACAAGCCGGACUACGGAGACACCAUCGUGUCCUUCCUCACCAAAACCAUCAACAAGUUCCCUCCCUGGCUGAAGCUGGUGGUCACAGUCAGAACCACACUGCAGGAGAUCACCAACGAGCUGCCGUUUCACCGCAUCUCUCUGGACGGCCUGGAGGAGAACGACGCCAUCGACCAGGACCUGCAGGGCUACAUCCUGCACCGCAUCCACAGCAGCCCGGAGAUCCAGAACAACAUCUCGCUCAACGGCAAGAUGGACAACACCACCUUCGGCAAGCUCAGCGCCCACCUCAAGGCCCUGAGCCAGGGAUCCUACCUGUACCUCAAACUCACCUUUGACCUCAUUGAAAAGGGCUACCUAGUUCUCAAAAGCUCCAGCUAUAAGGUGGUCCCAGUCAACCUGGCCGAGGUUUACCUGCUGCAGUGCAACAUGCGCUUCCCCACGCAGUCGUCGUUCGAACGGGCGCUUCCUCUGCUCAACGUGGCCGUGGCCUCGCUGCAUCCGCUGACCGACGAGCAGAUUUAUCAGGCCAUCAACUCCGGAUCGCUGCAGGGCACUCUGGACUGGGAGGACUUCCAGCAACGUGUAGACAACCUGUCGGUCUUCCUGGUGAAGAAGGAUGGAACCAGGAUGUUUGUUCAUCCGUCCUUCAGGGAGUGGCUCAUCUGGAGAGAAGAGGGAGAAAAGACCAAGUUCCUCUGUGAUCCGAGGAGCGGACACACCCUGCUGGCCUUCUGGUUCUCUCGCCAGGAGAACAAGCUGAACAGGCAGCAGACCAUCGAGCUGGGUCACCACAUCCUCAAAGCACAUAUCUUCAAGGGUCUCAGCAAGAAAGUCGGAGUUUCCUCAUCCAUCUUGCAAGGCCUGUGGGUUUCCUACAGCACAGAGGGCCUUUCAGCUGCACUUUCUUCACUCCGAAACCUCUACACUCCCAACAUCAAGGUGAGUCGGCUGCUGAUGCUGGGCGGAGCCAACGUGAACUACCGUACAGAGGUGCUGAACAACGCCCCCGUCCUGUGCGUCCACUCCCACCUGGGCUACAUGGACAUGGUGGCUCUGCUGCUGGAGUUCGGUGCCUCCGUGGACGCCCAGUCUGAGAGUGGCCUGACGCCGCUGGGAUACGCUGCAGCCGGAGGACACAUGGCCAUCGUCACGGCUCUCUGUCGCAGGAGAGCCAAGGUGGACCACCUGGAUAAGAACGGCCAGUGCGCCCUGGUUCAUGCAGCCCUGAGGGGCCACAUGGAGGUGGUGAAGUUCCUCAUCCAGUGUGACUGGAGUUUGGGGCCGCAGCAGCAACAAUCACCGCAGACCCAACAACAGGCGUCUUUCACCAAGAGUCACGCCGUCCAGCAGGCGCUGAUCGCUGCAGCCAGCAUGGGAUACACAGAGAUCGUGUCCUAUCUGCUGGACCUGCCGGAGAAAGAUGAAGAGGAGGUGGAGCGAGCUCAGAUCAACAACUUCGACACCCUGUGGGGGGAGACAGCUCUGACUGCAGCUUCUGGUCGGGGGAAGCUGGAGGUUUGUCGUCUGUUGCUGGAGCAGGGAGCUGCUGUGGCUCAGCCCAACAGAAGAGGCAUCGUCCCGCUGUUCAGCGCCGUCCGGCAGGGACACUGGCAGAUCGUGGAUCUUCUGCUCACACACGGAGCAGACGUCAACCUGGCCGACAAACAGGGCCGCACUCCGUUAAUGAUGGCCGCCUCAGAGGGACACCUGGGAACUGUUGAGUUUUUACUGGCUCAAGGAGCCUCUCUGUCUCUGAUGGAUAAGGAGGGUCUGACGGCUCUGAGCUGGGCCUGUCUGAAGGGUCAUCUUCCGGUGGUUCGCUGUCUGGUGGAGAGCGGAUCCGCCACCGACCACGCAGACAAGAACGGACGAACGCCCCUCGACCUGGCCGCCUUCUACGGAGACUCUGAAGUGGUGCAGUUCUUGGUCGACCACGGGGCCAUGAUCGAGCACGUAGACUACAGCGGGAUGCGUCCUCUGGACCGGGCGGUGGGCUGCAGAAACACGUCGGUGGUGGUCGCCCUGCUCAAGAAAGGAGCCAAGAUAGGAUGUCAGACGCUGCCCAGUCGGCCCCGAGGUCCAGCCACGUGGGCGAUGGCCACCUCCAAACCCGACAUCAUGAUCAUCUUACUCAGCAAGCUCAUCGAGGAGGGGGACAGCUUCUACAAGAAGGGGAAGGUGAAGGAGGCUGCUCAACGCUAUCAGUACGCUCUGAAAAAGUUUCCACGCGAAGGCUUCAGCGAGGACCUCAAGACAUUCAGGGAACUCAAAGUAUCGCUCUUCCUCAACCUGUCCCGAUGUCGGAGGAAAAUGAACGACUUUGGGAUGGCAGAGGAAUUUGCUACGAAGGCACUCGAACUGAAACCAAAAUCGUACGAGGCAUAUUAUGCCAGAGCACGCGCCAAGCGUAGCAGCAGACAAUUUCCUGAAGCCUUAGAGGACCUGAAUGAAGCCAUAAAGCAGUGCCCCAACAACAGAGAGAUCCUGCGGCUGCUCCAGAGGGUGGAGGAGGAGUGUCACCAGCUCAACCAGGACGAGCACCAGCAGCAGGACCUGGAGCUGGAGCCUCCACCCUCCCCUCCUCCUACGCCUCCCCCCGAAGAGGAGGAGUCCCUGUCCCUGUCCAUGCCUCUGCCCCCUCCCCCAGAGCCUCGACUGGAGGACAUGGAGCCGGUCCAGGACUUGUUUGAGGACGAGGACUACCUGGAGCAGGAGCUGGAGGCCAUGUCGAUGGGCCUGCCUCCGCCCGAGUCCCUCACCAACCCCUCCAGCCUCCCCAUCAUCCAGAGCCCCCCACUGUCCCCCACACAUCCAGACCAGAUCUACCUAGCUGGAGGUUCGCCCAUAGGCCAGCCCUACGAGUAUCACCCCACCUCCUCCUCCAUGUCCUCCCCGACUCGAGGCACGUACCAGUCCACGUCGCCCUCCCUCUCCCCGACACACCAGAACUCCCACUACCGCCACAGCCCGCCCCACACCUCCCCAGUGCACCAGCCGUCCUACCGCUUCAGCCCGCCUCCGAUGGGCACCGGGGGUCAGGGGAUGGAUCACCAAAGCCCACCGCCUUCCCCUCUACGCCGGGCUGCUCAGUACAGAGCCAGUCCACCGGUAGACAGCGUUUGUCUGUACAGGUCCCAGUCCGGGUCGCCUGUUCGCUACCAGACGGAGCAGCUCCCCGGCCGACCCAAAUCCCCCCUUUCCAAGAUGAGCAGCCAGCGUUCGUUCCAGCUGAGCUCGCAGCCCUCCCUGUCCUCCCAGCACCACCAAGCCCAAGGUCUUCGCCUGCAGCCUUCUAUAGCCCAAAUAGUCCGCACAAACCAGCCCAGCAACGUGAUGGGAAACAGCAGCUACGGCAGCCAGAUGGGCCACUCCAUGGGCGGCCGCUACCAGGGGGGUUCGGUGGACGUGGAGAGCCGCCUGGUGUACCAGCCCUCCCUGGAUGGGCGCUCCAUGCCCCAGGUCCAGGCCAGCCUCAGCUCUGGGGCCCUCUGUCAGCACGGCGGCCGAGGAGGGGUUAUGGAGUCGAGCCUGUUGAAGGAUGAACUACCCCAGCGCCCCUCCUCUGCCUACCGCGCCAGCAGCGGGGGCGGGGGCAUCCGUUACAGCCAGACGCCUCAGAUCAGCCGCAGCCAGUCGGCCGCCUACUACCCGGUGUCCGAGCACGUGCUGGAGCGAGCCAAUGCCAUGCCCCCCUGCCAGCUGGGUUCUCCUGAGAUCCCCCAUAUGGUGAGACGCCCCGUGAGUGCCAACACCACUGAGAUGAAGCAGCACGUGCCCACGCCCCGGCCGCUCAUCCAUUCCCAGAGCGUCGGCCUUCGCUUCUCCCCAUCCAGCAACAACAUCUCUACUGGAUCCACCUCCAACUUGGCGCCCAGCUUCCGGCCUUCCUCCUCCAUUCAGCAGAUGGAGAUCCCCUUACAAGCCACAUACGAGCGCUCCUGCGACGACAUCUCCCCCAUCUCCCCCUCCCAGGGCGGCGGGGGGCUAUACCAAGGCGAGACCACCCGCUCUCGGAACACGCCCUUCAUGGGCAUCAUAGACAAGACGGCGCGGACUCAGCAGUACCUGCAUCAGCCCUCGCGAUCCCGGGCCAUGACCUCCAUGGACUCGGCCAUCAGCCCCACCUCGCCCGGCCAGCUGGUCCAGCAAGGCUCCACCUACAGCCCCCCCGCCUCGCUGGGCAACAUCGCCUACUACAACAAGACCAACAACGCCCAGAACGGACACCUGCUGGAGGAGGACUACUACUCCCAGACCCCGCCGCAGUCGCUGGGUAAGCUGGCCAACGGCUCCCGAGGCAGCGGCGACAUCCUGGAGCGGGUCAGCCAGGUGCCCACCUACCCAGACGUGAAGGUGGCGAGGACUCUGCCCGUGGCUCAGGCCUACCAGGACAACAUGUACCGCCAGCUGUCACGUGACUCCCGGACCCAAGGCCCCACCUCCCCCAUCAAACCAAAGAGACCGUUUGUGGAGUCUAAUGUGUGAUGGCCCGUCUGUGACUGGAGGGUUGGACUGGGAUUGUUAGCGGGAAAAAAAUACUUAACAGCAGAUGUGGCCCGUGUUUGUGUGACGGACGUCUCAAAGAACUCACGAGAGGCAGAUCCAAUCAGAGGAAACCACACAGCCGGCACACACACACACACACACACACACUAGGGUAUUAGACAUUAUCUUAUAUGAAAACAUAACUAACAGUGAGAAGUGAUUAUUUCAUUGUCAUAUUCCGCACACAGGCAGGAUAAGAGGAGGGUUCUGAGUUCAGAUCUCAUUCUAAAUCAAAGACCAGUGCACUUCCAUAACGCUGCGUGGCCCCGACACGAGCGGCCACGGCGGGUGGGACUGUCAGAGUGAAAUUCCUGCUCAUCGGACUCUACUUGUGGACUCUGUAUCCAUCUUCUGUUCUUUCAAAGUGUGCUCUUAACCAAGGUUGCUAGUAGGCUCUAUUCUAUGUAAUACAAUAUUAUAUGUUCAAUACUGUACAUUGCUCAGAAAAUACAAACGGCUCAACAACUCAGUACUUAGAGAAAAAUGACAAUAUUUAUAAUUAAGUUAUAUAUUGUACAUAGAAAUAAAACAAAACAUAGUUUGCAUUUCGAAUUUUCUUCCGUUAACCCUGCCUCCGUCUAGUCAUACGUGGAAGAAACGACCAGUGAAAGGAACGAGGGACUCAGACUAACUUUGAAUGAUAUGAUUACCUCUGAUGUGUCAAAAUAAAACAGAUUUUUGUUGUGGUUUAAUGCAAGAACGUGCGCUAACCUACAGAUUAUUUUUUGAUAGAUCCUUUUUCUUGAAAUGGUUAAAUAUGCCCGCUAUGGUUUCCUGUUUUAUGUCUUGUUUUGUUAAACCAACCGUCCAAAGAUCUUCAGUUUACAGUGAAAACAGAAAAAAACAGCAAAUCCUCACACUGGAAGAGCUAGAACCACCGAAUGUUUGACAUUUAUGCUUGAAAACUCUUAAAGACUCAUUUAAACAGACAUACAGCUUCAAAUCCUACCGAGAAUAUCAAUUUUGUGUCUAUGCACCUUUUUAAGUCUGAAAACACGACCGCUACACGUAGUUUUGGAUAUUCUUUGUUGAUUUAAUCCAGUCAUUUAACCAAACUCUUAGGUUUCAGAUGCGUAACCUCUGAUGUUCUGUCCUCCUCGUCUCCUUAAUGUCUCACAGAACUUACGACAUGCUGUGCUACGUUGGAUGUUAAACCAACUGUCAACGCCUUAACCCUCUCUGCCAGUAAACGCAUCACGUGCUUAAACAUCUGACUCUAGAAACAGCUACAGCAUCAGUUGUUCCGGCUUCUUUCGACCUCGAAUCUUUGGCUGAAUGAUGCAGAUCAGUAAGAAACAAGAGAAUCCUGCGGCAGGUGAUUUUUAUCAGGCGGCAAACGAGCGUCAAAGUUGGCCUCUGUCCCUCCUUCGUGCUAGUGAUGGGUUAAUAUAGGCAGUGCUCAGCGACUAAAAGCAAGCAAAUGCAUACACGACCACUGUCACAGACGUUUCCCUUUUUCUUCUGCAUCGUUUUGUUUCCUUUUCACCGUUUUUAUUCAGCCACUUCUGCACUAAAAAUGCCUGUUAAGUUCUUAAAACUAAGGGUGCACUUUAUGUACUUACUUUGUUGUUGCGAUUGUUGAAAUUUGGAGAACGUGGGUGUGUGACCGCUGAUACCAGACUAUCAUAGACACUAUUGUUAUUAUAUGAUUUGCAAACGCAGUGAUGAAUGACAAAAUGAAGAGCAAGCAAUGUUUUUAAAAACCGGUGAAGAUGUAUAGACUUUCUAGCACAAGUUGUAUAUACUGGCUCAGAUAUUCCGCUCCGUCCAGCUCGGGUCCGUUAGAUAAGCAAGUCUGUUUCAAGAAGCCAAUCAUACUCAAAUAUUCCACAUUAUUUAAGAGAAAAAUUUCCAUUAAAGUCCUAUAAAUCAGCCAGUUUAAUCCACCGGCUUUGCACACAUAUUGAAAAUAAAUCUACUUCAACAAAGACUGAGAUUUUAGUAUCCAGACACGCAGAGUUUGAGUGGAAUAAUGAGAAUAUUCAAGUUAUUUAUAUAUACGUGGGAAAGGUUAUAGACCAUUUGUCUGUAACAUUUUAUUUUGAAAGUCUGAUUAAGAAUAUCUAAAGAGAGACGGUUCUUCCUGUCUCCUGCUCGUCCUCACGUGCUACCAGAGAGAUACCCUACUUAUCUUUACAGAAAUGAAGGUAUAAACUGUAUUAUACUUGAUUUAAAAAAAACAACUUUUUCAGUUGAGGAUAUUUGAGGGUGUAUGGUUUCAAAGCUGUCUGUGUAUACUAGUUUGCUGUAAAUAGUCCGAUGCAUGUUCUAUUCUUUCCAUGAGCUCAAGCAGAAACAUGUAUAGCAGUGUGUCUGGUGUGCGAUAAGGAGACCGCUCCCCCUGAACUAUCCUUAUCAUUUUUCCUUCAACCUCACCAGACGAAAAGGUUCUUUUAUUUUAUUUUAAUGUAUUUGCUUGCUGAGCAGAGUUCUCUUGUCUGUAAAUGUGAGCUUUCAGAUCGCUGUGAUAAAAAGUUUAAUUAAAAACAAUAAAAAAGAAUGUGUUUUUA